CUUUUCUUUUAUUCUUUGCCUCUCAAUUUCUUCCGUUUCGCUUUCAUAAUCACUGCCCAGGCGUUUGCAAGGACAAGUUAACAAUGGCAGUUCGCAUUCGCUUUGCCCGGCAUGGACUCCGGAACCAGCCCAUUUUCCACAUUGUCGCAAUCAAUGCGCGCACGCGGCGCGACGGCAAGCCCCUGGAGCGGCUGGGCACAUACAGCCCGCACCCGGACCAGAAGGAGGGCGCCAAGCACGUGAACCUGGACUUUGCGCGCACAAAAUACUGGCUCGGCGUGGGUGCACAGCCGACGGAUGGCGUGCGAUUCCUGCUGGAGCGCGCGGGUCUGCUGCCGCCGCGUCCGCUGUACCCGAAGCUGCACCGCUCGGCGGAGCCUGUCAGCAAGUAGAAGAGUAAAAGAUUAGAAAAGAAUAAAUGUAUCUUUGCGACAUGGGAGGGGCGCGUGUAGAGCAGCG